AUGUCUGCGAUGGAAACGCUCUAACUCCCGACCCGCUCCGACCCAUACCGUUCCUCUCAAUGAAACCUUUUUAUUUUUUAUUUUUUGUCCCUGUCAGUGAAACAGAGUUCUUUCUAAAUACACUUUCUAAGUCAUCACUUAUUGGUCUUGCGAGGCGUGGUCAGCCCAGGUGCGCGUGAUGUGAUCUUUACAUAUCUUUUUACCCCUGUUGGGUAACAAGGGUCUAAUUCCUGGCGCCGCUUGCUCCAGAAGCUUUGUCUUGUUGAGUGGAUUUGUAAACUAGAACGAGAUGCUGAAGAAGUACGCAAAACGAGCUAAAUCUGCACUGAAGAGGUCAUUUGAGGUGGAGGACUCCGAUACAUCCACAACCCCGUCUCCUCUCUCUCGCCGCACCAACCCCCUCCGAUCCACGACAUCUUCCACAUCCAGCCAACGGAGCUACGAUCUGAGCUCCCGCAACUCAGACUCCAGAUCCACUGCCUCCGAGUCCUCCAGUCUACGUUCUCCAAAGACCGGCAUGAGGCGCAUUGAGUUGUUAGGAAGUCGCAAUUCUGACUCUGGCUCUUCCCGUCGGACAGAAAUGUCCAUCGAGGUCUCGUCCAAACAGAUUGACAGCUCACCCAGUGCUGGUAUUGCCCGUUUUGGCCUAAAACGUCCAGAAGUGAGCCUGAGCAGCAGGAGUAGUGCCCUGGAUGGCUCCUCCAACUCCAUCUCCAGCACCACAAACAGGCGGGCCGAGCUCAGUGUGACAAGGUCCCAGGAGCCUCCUGCCCCACCCAGGAGGAUGGAUGCCCCACUUUCUCCAUCUUCUAUUUCUAGGAUCCCAGAGCCUCUUCAGAGAAGAGCAGAGCCCCCUUCCUCUCUCCUCAGCCCUGUUGAUGGGGUCUCCAGGAGACCAGAGAUGCCCAUCUUCAGACAGCAGGACAGUUUGAUGUCGGGCAGCGCAGUAGAGAACAGCAUCCACCCACCACCAGCUCCCAUCGCCUCCCUGCCGUCUCUCACGGAGCCUCAACAGGAAAAGGUGGUGUCUCCGGUCCUAGAGUUGUCCACAACCCGCCCAGCAGACAGACCAGAAGUGUUUCCUAGGACCAGCAGCAGUGCCAUGUCUGAGGCGGUGGUGCCUGACACCAUGGUGUCCCCAGUGGUGGGCAGUCUGUAUGGGGAGAAGACUAGCAGCCCCGUGGUGGACUUCAGCUACGUGGGCAUCGACGCCAUUCUGGAGCAGAUGAGGAGGAAGGCCAUGAAGCAGGGUUUUGAGCUCAACAUCAUGGUCGUUGGACAGAGCGGCCUUGGGAAGUCGACUCUGAUGAACACACUUUUCAAGUCUAAAGUCAGCAGGAAGUCGGUGCUGGCCACGGCCCAGGAGAAGAUCCCCAAAACUAUCGAAAUCAAGUCUAUCAGUCAUGACGUUGAGGAAAAGGGAGUGAGAAUGAAGCUGACGGUCAUUGACACACCAGGGUUUGGAGACCAGAUCAACAAUGAGAACUGCUGGCAGCCCAUCAUGAAGUUCAUUAACGACCAGUAUGAAGCGUAUCUGCAGGAAGAGAUCAACAUCAACCGGAAGAAAAGGAUCCCAGACUCCAGAGUCCACUGCUGCAUAUACUUCAUCCCUCCAACCGGACACUGUCUGCGACCUCUUGAUGUAGAAUUCAUGAGACGUCUCAGUAAGGUGGUCAACAUCGUCCCUGUCAUCGCCAAGGCAGACACGCUCACGCUGGAGGAGAGGGAUUUCUUUAAGAAGAAGAUCAGGGAAGAGCUGCGAGCCAACGGGAUUGAUGUGUACCCUCAGAAGGAAUUUGAUGAGGAUGCGGAGGACAGGAUGAUUAACGAAAAGAUCAGAGAAAUGAUCCCGUUUGCUGUUGUGGGCAGCGAUCAGGAGUACCAGGUGAACGGGAGGAGGCUGCUGGGCAGGAAGACCAAGUGGGGAACUAUUGAAGUUGAGAACAUUGCCCACUGUGAGUUUGCCUACCUACGGGACCUCCUCAUCAGGACCCACAUGCAGAACAUCAAGGACAUCACCAGCAGCAUCCACUAUGAAAUGUACCGCGUGAGACGCCUCAACGAGAACAACACCGCGGUGGCUCACGCCAACGGCAUCCCAGAGCACCACCUGGCCGUCCACGAGAUGUAAACACCACCCGCCCGCCUGCCGUUUGAAGCCUGUGGCGGCCACGCUUUGAUCUUCCGUGACGGCCUUCUCGCCACUCCAGCUCCCACCUCACAGGUGGGGCAGAAACACGCCAGAGGGACUUUGUUUUUUAAUGAUGUCAGUUUGUGGCUGUUUUAACAACCUUUAUGUUCUGUUUGUUCCUGACAAAGACGGAGAAGAGCUGUAGCUGCGUACACCUCUAACCGUUUAGACUCCUGGUGCCAAAAACUACCAAACAGGACCGACUUUUUCACUCAGUGCCUGAUCUCUGUAAAUCAGGGAUUAUUAAACUCGUCCACUUCUUUAUUCAACUGUAACCUUUUAAACUCUGUUAUAUGGUUUUGUGCCGUAACAGAAGUCUGUGAUCACUACAUGCUGUUGGGAGAGGGUCAGGUCGUCGUUUCCCAGCAUGCAACACGUUGGAUCCAAACCGUUUCUGAAACAAAGCGCCGCUCCAGUCAGAGUAAAGGUUGUUUUGUGUUUGUGUUUUUACCCUAAUGGCCUUUUAAAUCCCCAUUUAUAAAUGUUUAUUAAUAGAAUUAUCUUAAGUGUGAUCUAAGAUGAAAAUGUAUUUAUGCACGUUUUAAAAUGUGAAUGUUUUCCAUCCGCUGUGAGGCCCCCUCCUCCAGACUCUCCUGCUUCUAGGCCCACCUGCAGUGCCUUAUUUAUUGGAGAAUGCUUCGCUAGCAAACUGGAAACGGAGCAGAUUUGUGAUUCCACCUUAAAUACAUUUAAUCCUCUUGCCAUUUAUCUGGAUAAAUAUCUAGUUAGUGAUGAAUCAGCUCACUUUCUUUUGUUUUCUUUACCAAAACGUACCGAGAGCCUCCCUCUCUGACGUAUCCAAUUCCCAAAGCUUUUAUAUUUCUCUUUGCUCUGUUCACUUUUGUACUUGUAUUAUUGAUAACAAAUGUUCCUUUAUCUUAUUUUAAAGAAAUAAAGAUUGAAGAUGUAAAUAAUGA